UGAAGUGUUCGGUUGAAAAAUUCUAUUUCCACGAUUUUUUUUGGCUGGGGGGAGGGGGGGGGGGUAUUUGACCCAUGCCCGCUUUCGGAACUUUUCACAAAAGUGGUUUGUUUAUUUCAGAUUGAAUCUGGAAGGGUGCAUAAACAAUAUAUUGCAAGGGUAAUUGGUGUAUUUCCGGAAGAUGAGUUGACAUUUUCCUUUCCUAGCAAGUUGUAAAUGCAAAUGUCAACUACAAUGCUCAAGAAGGGAGAAGCACUGUUGAGCAGGUGAGAGAGAAUAAUGUUAGCGGCAAUGGUGCUGUGGGAAAGCCUGCUUCUACCCAUUUUACGCGGAUUUGUACGGAUGGGAAGCAAAGUAUUGUACUCUGCCAACCAAUCACUGGAAGGACACAUCAGCUUUGUGCAGUUUUCCCUGGCCAGAGUGCAUGCAAUUCUUGAAGAAAUAGUAAAGCAGAUUACUUACCGUGCCCUGGGGUUGUUGGUCGGAGGUCGCAGCUAGGCUGUCGCAGGGUGCAGAGUCGUUUGACUAGGGUUGAGUCUCGUAAUACGCAGGUGGUGAUGGUGACUCUUCUGUUACUCUCGAUUGUAAAAGAAGAAGAAAAUUCGCGAUGUGGACUCUUGUACAAAGACAAAUGCGUGUGAUUGGAAAGAGUGACGGGAGAGUGAGAGGGUUCAUUUGAAUAAAAGAUUUUUUUAAGCUGGGCCGAAACAUAUUCGGCUUGAACCAUUUGGGCCAAAAAAAUAAAAUGCAAUGGCACAUAUAUGGUGAUGGUGAACAAAUGGCAUUGCCAUGGGAUGAUCGAUUGCCUGAACCAGAUUUGUGGCAUUUGGAAGCCAAAACGCCAAUGGCAAUAAAUGAUUGUAUGAUGUUAUAUAUUUUACCUCUUUUGCAAACUAAAUUCUUAUGACUAUUAGCAAUGUGAUAGAUACGUGUGCAUCUACAAUAUAUUGGGCAUCCAAUAGCUAAUGAUACACUCUAUCUCUCCGAGUGCAUUCCUCGUUCCAAAGCUGGAACAAGUGCAGACAGAGCUGCUAAUAAGUCAAGCCAUGUUCUAAAUCCCAAAAAUUUUGGAAGUGGUUCUGCUGCUAAUUCGGGAAAUGAAGAAUUCAGUAAUGACCCGAUGUGUACAAAUUGCCCAAAUCUGGCCCCCAAAGGGUAUGAUGGUUCGGAAGAGGGUAUAUGGCUGCAUUGUGUUAAGUACUCUGGACCAGAUUGGACAUACGAAUGCCCGUAUCCGGUUUGGGCAUACUUAAGUUAACCUCUUUUGAAUCUUCUUUGCUAUUUAUUGGAUGUAAGACAUUCCUGUGAAGUUUUUAGCUGCCAUAUCGUCCUUAUUCCCAUUAGUUUUAGAGUUGUUUUGCAUUGUUCUCAAGAUUUGCUCUAUAAAAGUAAUCUGUGCUU